AUGGGAAACUCGACGUCGAGAAGUGGCGCUCCUGUCAUCGCCCGUUGCUCCUCGCCAACUUAUUGUGUCCAGGUUGUUGGUAGCAGACAUAUUCUCCUUGGUGGCGGAGGAGGAGCGUCCAAAACUGGAGUACCCAACAACAUCCAGACCUUGCUGCUUUCGUUCGAUUCAAAGUUAUUGGCAGUUGCAGCAGGGAAUUCAUCACAGACAAAUGAACGGUUACCGUUAGUAACGGAGGUUACGAACUCAUUGGAAACCGAUCCUUUUGCAACAAUGAAUAUGGACUGUGUGUUAUUGGGACCUUCAGAACUGGGUAAAUAUCUUUUGGCUGCCGGACAUGAUCAGUACUGCGAUUUGUACGAAUCGAAAGGAUUUUCUUUAUUAAAAGCGAAGGAAAACGAGCAACCGCAACUAGCGCUAAGUUUUGAGAAAAUAUCUCGAAUUACUUCAGAUGAAAAGUUGAAUAAUGGUUACCAGAAAACUGUUCGGUUUGAUCGAAGUGUUGAAGGUCAACCUCAGAGGUUGUAUACAGGUGGUGCAGAUGGAUGUAUACGUAUCUGGGAUGUAGAAACGUUAAGACAAGGUUGUGUGUUGAAACAUACUCCAUUGAUAAAAAUUGAAGCUCAUCAAGGGGAUGUGGAUGAUUUGGAUAUUUCGCCGAGUGGAAAAUUGUGCAUCAGUGUGGGACAUGAUACAUUUGUAUAUGUUUGGAAUGCAGUAAAUGGAAGAAAAAUUUGUAGCUUACCAAUGCCAAAUGAAAUUGGGGCUGAUUUUAGGGUUCGGUCAGUGCGCUUUACGAUUCUUGGUUCUAAGAACACAAUAUUUUUGGUAACUUAUAAUCAAAUCCGACUUGCAAAAAAAGCUGUGUCAUAUGUUGCGCUAUGGGCGUUCAAUAAUGAGCGAGAUGUAUGCCGGCCAAUACUUGUUCGAGAAGCAUGUAAAGAGAUAAUAUCAGCUCUAGCUGUGAGCGGCUGUGGUAACUUCUUUGCCGUUGGAACAAUGGAUGGAAGCGUGGGUAUAUAUGAUACACAUGAAUUGAAACUGCUAUAUUUUGCCCAUAAAACACACACCAUCUUCGUUACAGCUGUUGAAUUCCUUCCUCAAAAGACUUACGAUUUUGGUCCGCUUAGUGACGAAAAUACACGGCAAUGUUCUCAUUAUCCAGGAUUGGCAUCCGAAUAUCGAACAGCUGUAAUUUCGCUAAGUGCAGAUCAAACAGUUCAGUUUCAUGCUGUUCCUUUCUUGAAACAAACUUCAUUUACCUCCUUUCUAUGGAAGGUGAUAGAUGUGAUAGGGCACGGAACACCGCGGCGUGCUUUGGGUGAUUUGAAAAAUGUAUUUGCGACACCGGUUAGUGUUGCUAUCAAACGAAGAAUUCCAGAAAAAUCUCAGUCGUCACUUGAUGUAUUACAUGACAAAAAAACUAAUAAAUACGAGAGGAAUGUAGUUUUUGCACCGGAAACUGGAGAUUUCGAUCCAGUGCAAGAAACUGACGAUACUAUCGAAAAGUUUAACUUCGAAGAACACAUAGAGACAUAUGAAGAGAUAUUUCCUAAAUCCGAACAAAGGAUUGAUGUGGCUGAUUUACUGCGCAACGUGCAAACCGAUGAUCGCUUCCUGCGAAGUCUUUUCAGUGAAUUGUUGGAUGAGAAUAGUCUCAAACUGUUAAAUGAAAAAAACCCAAUGACAAACGGAGACUGUGACAAAACGCUUACUGAAAUUCUUGGUGGUGAAGUAACCGAGCAAUAA